CGUCCGCCACCCAUCGACAUGGGGAAGAGAGCGUCAGCGAUCCCAGCAAGAGCCAGGAUCAAGCAGAGAAAGAAGCCUUACCCACCACAUGGUAAGAAAGUAGCCAUACAUGCCACGGGCCUGGGCCCAAAGGCUAUACACCCGGGACUAUGCACAACAACAAGCAGGCAUGCUGUGACCCGCCACCCACCUGAAUUACGGUCCCAAAUGGGACACCACUCUGCACAAUCCCCACACCCUCUGGGGAUCCUCACCUACUGUAAGCAGAACCGACAUCUUGGAGGGUUCCGGGACCAAGCCCUGUACACAGCUUGCUCAAGUGCAUCAAACCAUAUGGGGACCCUACACCUGCCAGCCUACUGCUUCCUGAUCAUGGGCAUAGGAUGA